GGGAUUUCCCAGCGAGUUGCUCCACCCCAAAUGACAAGAGUUAGCGAUUAGAUAGCCAAAACAGAGUACAGCUGAACUGUUCGCGAGCCCCAUGAAGUCCGAGAGUAAAGUCCUAUGUGUGUAUAAUCACAUGGCAUUUUAAGAAUGCUCCAAAGAUGGCGGUAGCAACGGCAGUUUCUGGAAACAGAUUGCAAAAAAGUGGCUUUUUAGAUGUGUUGGUGCGGGAUCGCUGGCACAAAGUGCUUGCUAACUUGAGCGAAGACGCCCUUACAUUGAGCUGCGAAGACACCGGGGAGAAUGUCAAUGUAAACGGCAUAACCAAUGGAUCUUACGGGAAUGACUCCAGUCAUCUUGAUCCCACAAACAGUCCCAAAGCUGCGGUAAGGACAGCUUUCACGGAUUUGCCGGAGCAAGUGCCAGAAGCCAUUGCAAAUAGAAAGAGAUGCGUCAAAGUAAUAAAACAAGAGGUAGGGGGACUCGGAAUCAGCAUCAAAGGUGGGAAGGAGAACAAGAUGCCGAUACUCAUUAGCAAGAUAUUUAAGGGCCUGGCAGCGGAUCAAACUCAGGCGUUAUAUGUUGGGGAUGCAAUACUGUCUGUCAACGGGGUGAAUUUGAGGGACGCCACUCACGACGAAGCUGUGCAAGGAUUAAAACGAGCCGGGAGAGAGGUGACGCUCGAAGUGAAGUAUAUGCGGGAGGCAACCCCAUAUGUGAAAAAGGGCAACCCUGUAUUUGAAAUUGAAUGGGAGACGCCCCCGCCGGAGUCACCCCGCCUCGGUGCAGCACACUCCGAUGCCCCCAGUGCAACCAUCAUAUCCAUACAAGGGAACAGGAGGUACAUCCCCGUGAAAAUGUGCUACGUCACAAGAGGCAUGACCACCCCUGACCCCGAAAACAGACACUUUGAACUUCACUCUCCGGAUGUGAAGCACACUGUAGUCCUGAGGUGUAAAGACUCAGCCAGCGCGGAGUCCUGGUUUGGAGCAAUACAGGCCACCACGACAAACUUGAUCACCAGGGUGAUGACCGAGGUGAAAGAGCAAAUUGGGAAAACGGGGAUUGCCGGCAGCCGGGAAAUCCGCCACCUGGGAUGGCUGGCGGAGAAGACAGAGAAUGAGAAGCAGAGGUGGAAGCCAGUGCUGGUGGUGGUGACGGAGAAGGACCUGCUCCUCUAUGACUGCAUGCCCCGGAUGAAGGAGGCGUGGGUCAACCCCGCACACACAUAUCCUCUACUGGCCACGCGGCUGGUGUACUCUGGUCCUGACAGGGGAUCCCCCCAGCCGGGCUUGGAGCUGUCCUUCGCCACGCGCACGGGCACCAGGCUGGGCAUCGAGGCCCACCUCUUCAGAGCAGAGACCAGCAAGGACCUCUCGCUAUGGACCAGGCACAUUGUGACCGGCUGCCACACCUCUGCCGAAAUGAUCAAAGAGGUUACCACAAGUUGUAUGUACAAGAACCAGGAGUGCCGCCUGACCAUCCACUACGAGCAGGGCUUCUCCGUGCAGGCCGAGCUGGAGGGGGGCUCCCUGCUCAAGCCGCUGUUCAGCUACCCGUUUGAGAAGCUCAAGAUGUCUUCCGACGACGGCAUUCGGAUGCUCUUCUUGGAUUUCGGCGGAAAGGAGGGUGAAAUUCAACUGGACCUACAUUCUUGCCCAAAGCCUGUAGUCUUCAUCCUCCACUCCUUCCUCUCUGCAAAGAUCGCCAGGCUUGGUUUGGUGGCAUGAGGAAGAGGACAUCGUUCUGAACCACAUCGAAGACGAGGGAUGUGCACAUUGGAACUAAAAGACUGAAGUACAAACCCAACACAGGACCCACUCUGUUCCGGAGUCAAUCAGCUCCAAACAAAUGGAAAGCAUUUCACAGAACAAUUAGCUGAUUUCUGUAUUUAUAGAAUUACACACGUUACCCGUGGAAUAUUAACAGUGUAAUGAUAACCGCUCUUACUCCAGAGAUGAUUUUUUAAUGAAAAAAAAAAAUCAUGUGCUUUAGAAAAAUGAAUUGAUCAAUGAGAACAACACUAACAUUCUUUUGGAAUUAAAACAAUACUGGAAGUAUCAUUUAGCAUUCAUUCCACUGCUAAAAUGCUUGAUUAGCGAGCUGUCUGCAAAAUGUUUAGAACUAACCUUAAUGUUAGUGAGGGUAAAAGGAAGGCUUGAUUGUGUGACAUCAGCCUUUAGCUUCAAGUGAACUGUCAUACAUAUUUGGCAGCUAAUGUGAAUGACUAAGAUAGCUUUUGAAUUUUUGUUAAAACACAGAAAUUACAUAUUUAAAACCACAA